AUGACUACCGCCGCGCAGCCUUUCGCAUCCACACUCGAUGUGCUAGCAAGAAUACUUCCGGCGCAUCUGCUGAAGCCACGCGCGGCCAUUGUGUGCGGAUCCGGGCUGUCGACUCUAGCGUCGAGCCUGCGCGAGGUGGUCGAGGUGCCUUAUUCUGCCCUGGAAGGAUUCGGGAAGAGUACAGUUGCUGGGCACAAGAGCGCACUGGCAUUCGGGCUGCUUGGACCUGGGACGGGGGUGCCGGUGGUGGCCAUGCUGGGACGGUUCCACGCAUAUGAGGGUCAUCCGCUGGCGACGGUCACGUACCCCAUCAGGCUCUUUGCGAGGCUCGGCGUGCAGAACAUCAUCAUCACUAACGCCGCCGGGGCAUUGAACCCAGCCCUCCCGGUGGGCACAAUUGUCACCAUCCACGACCAUAUUGCGCUGCCAAACCUCACCGGGCCUCUCAACGCGCUCUUUGGGCCGCUCAGGUCGCCUGACCAUCCGCGCUUCCUGCCGCUGUCUGAUGCGUACUCGUCGAAGCUGCGUCGGCUUGCGUUCCUCGCUGCGCACCGUCUCUCCCUGCCAGACUCGGCGCUCGCGGAGGGCACAUAUGCCUGGGUGUCGGGCCCGUCGUACGAGACGCCGGCAGAAGGCCGCUUUCUGCGGGCGGCGGGGGCAGACGUUGUGGGCAUGAGCACGGUCCCGGAGGUGCUGGCUGCGCGGGAGGAAGGGAUGGCGGUGCUCGUGCUGAGUUUAGUCACGAACGCUGUUGUGAUUCCGGAGCGGUACAGGAGCAUCAAGGAAGAGGUGAAGGCGGAGCUGGCGGGGCAGACAGUCGAGCAGCCGCCUGCGGCGGUCGUAUCACAUGAAGAAGUGCUCGCUGUGGGAAAGCAGAAGGCGGAGGUGAUGCGGAAUCUCGUUGCGCAGAUCAUUGAACUGCUCGACUAG